UAGCCUAGUCUUCACAAAUAGUAAUAAUAAUGUUAAUUAUCUGAAGGCUAUAGUUUAUGAACUUUAAAAGUUAUGAGUUUUAGCGCCAUUUGAUCCCUCCUUGUGGGGAAUCUGCAGAGCUAGGUUACAUGACUUUGAUGAUGUAUUUAAAAAUUUACAUUAUGACCUUAUAUAACUUAUAAACUGGCAAUAUCAAUGUGUGGUUGCAUGUGUGGUGUGGUUGCAUGUGUGUUCAUAUGAAUAAGAACAGUGCCUCUUCUAACCUAAACACCUGUCAUAGAUCCAAAAGGAAACUGUCUAUUUGACAGACGACACCAACGUGGCCGUAUUUCCCCGACCUGAUGGUGACUUCUGCUCCUUUGACCUCAUCGCCAGAAGUCACUAUGAAGUACAUGGUGACAGCACCGCUGUUGAGAAAUCGGCAGGGGCACUUCCCACUGGCCAGCCUGCCCACUUUUCUUUUCACCGCCCAACCAGCACAGCCACAAGCUCCUCCUGUCCAAUUCCAAGGAGCACCACCACUAAAACUUUUGUGAGGAAUGUCGUCAUUGCUGGAGUCGUGAAUGGAAAGCUGGAGACCAACAAGAUGGUGACAGUCCGCUUCUCAGAGUUUGAGGCUUGUGUGCAGUCGAUCAUCAAUAAAGUGACGGAAGCCCUUGGACAGCAGGAGUCAAUUAUUUUGACAGAUAGUCUGGGCAAUGAAAUAGUUGAUUCUGAUGGAACCAGGGGGUCAGCAUACUGGAAGCAAAACUCAAGAAAGGUAUUUGCAGUGCCUGAACCACAGAUGGAGCUGCUACAACUCAACAAAAGAAGGAGGCUGAGUCGAAAAGAAGAUACUGGCCUUCACGAGGUUAUAGCCGACAUUGAGGAGGUUGUUGAAGCAGCCCAGGGACUAAGAGAAGUGUCGAAGAUCAUCAAGGAUUUGAGUGGAUUUGCACAUUCCACAAUGAUAACACCCCUGUCUCUUUCAGAGGCUGAAGUAGCUUCUUUAAGAAUGGUCUUCGCCUGUCUUGUCUGCAAAGGUCCUGUAGAUAAGCCAAUGUUCUCAACCUGCUGCAGAAACAUUAUUGGGUGUAAGGCAUGUAUUAUGGAGUGGAACAACAGAUGCAGUCACUGCCCAAAAUGUUGUGCUGUGGAUUUGGAGGGCAGCAUCCACGAAGUGGCUGGACUCUCUGAAGCACUGGCAGCACUGGAGAAGUUAUUCCUGCUGAAUUUGCUGUCCCGGACACUACCUCCACCUCUUCUGAGUUUGAGCCCCCACACACUAGUGCUGGCAGAGGCAGGGGCAGAGGGGGGAGGGGAGUAG